CAUAUAUUGCCUAUACUCUAAAGUAUAGUUUCAAUAAUUAUUUUUUCCUUAAGCCCAAUAAUUAACCAUUUGUUGCAAGUUGCAGGCUGCUUCUUCUUUAGCAAAACAGAGGUUGUUGUCACGUUGAGAUAUACAGCUUUAUAGCGUCCCUGAUUCUAUUAGCACCAAGAAGUUAGAAAAUCUCCUAUUAGUUUUCCUGAUUAAAGAUAUGAAGGGUUUUUUCAAAACGGAGAGUGAGACAAGGAAACAUUCAGACAAGAACGGGAGCUUGUUGCACGAGGAGCUAAUCGCGUGUUCAGAUGGUAAAUACAAUCCAAUCCGAAUGUUUUCGUCUGAUCAAAUUCUUAAAGCAACAAACAACUUCGACGCAGAUCAUAUCAUAGCAAAAGAUAGAUUUAUAUGGUACAAGGGUACUAUAGAAGAACGGAGAGUACUCAUCAAGAAAUGGGAAGGAGAUUAUGUCCUUUUUUCUUCUCCUGAAAAUGUUUACCGCGAUAUAGCGGUUUUGUCGAUGAUGAGCAGUCACAAGAACGUUUUGAAGCUGUUGGGUUGCUGUGUGGAGUUUUAUAAACCGGUUCUGGUUUGUGAGUUAGCAGAGAAAGGACCUCUAAAACUCGAGGACAUGGACGGUACUCCGUUACCUUGGAGUGCAAGGUUAAAGAUCGGGAAGGAUAUUGCAAAUGCGGUAGCUUAUCUUCACACAGCUUUUCCUCGAGUCAUAAUCAACAGGGAUGUAAGACCUCAAAACAUAUUCUUGGACGAAGAUGGGACUGCGAAGCUCUCUUCUUUCUGUUUGAGAAUAUCGAUCCCUGAGGGAGAAUCAUCUGUGUAUGAUGAUAAAGUAGUUUAUGGGGUAUCCGUUGAUCCGGAGUAUAAUGGAACAGGUUUAGUUUCCGAAAAGUUUGAUGUCUAUAGCUUUGGAGUUACAAUGCUGUUUCUUCUAGGCGGAGAGCUUGGCCUAACCUGGUUAUCUGCUAUCAUUGGGGAGUUUGGAUUCCCAUUUCCUGGUUGUGGUGAAGAAUUAGCGGAUCAGUUCAUGUAUGUCAUAGAUUCAAACAUAUGGAACGGUGAGAGUGAAGCAUCUGCUGUGCAAGUGGAAACGUUUUUUGGGCUUGCUUUGAGAUGUAUCAGAUUCUGGCCAGGACAAGACGUGCUUACAAUGAUCGAUGUCGCCAAAGAGCUUAAGGGGAUAGAAGAACUUUUCAAAGCGUCUUCAUCCGAACAGGACAAAGAACAAAUUGAUCAAGUCAACUACUCUGUGUAAAGUUUGAAACUCUUUCCUUGUAAUGAAUCUUUCUCUGUUUUCAGAUAUCUCUUGCUUUGAAUAAGUAAUUUAUGAAUAGGUUGAAUCAUAUGUUACCUAAAGGCAGAUUCAUUCAUUCAUCGGAUUUCUCUUCUAUCCGUCGAAAACUAAUCAUCUCAAAGUUGAAAACCUUGAAUCUAAAAUCUUUUACUGCCUAUACUCAAAAUCUUUUUGACAAGUUUUUUUUUUUGACAAGUUUCAUACAAAAGCAAUCAACAACACUCAAAUUUUGAAGAAAAAAACGAAUCUAGUCAAAAGUUC